UGGCUCACAAGAUAUGAAUGUGCUGCUGUGUGCUUCAGAACCAGCCCAAGAGUAAAUAUCUUACCCUUAAAACAACAGUAUCAGUUGCUUAGUGAAUGUGGGAACUUGUCCAAUCAGGAAAAGUGUAAGGAUUUAUAGGAUUAUUGAUUAAGCCAAUAUGUUUUUUGGUUUGGUUUGAUUUUUUCUGAUACAAUGUGGCUACAAUAUGUACAUUGUUCAAUAUAAGGAAAGGUUGGGUAAUAUGAUGAAUAUUGCAAAAUUCAAGAGUACUCUUUUUUCUUAAUAAACUCUGCUGAAGUUGCACAAACAGGCAUUGCAAAACAGAUAUGGGCAUAUUUAUCCUUACUCAAAAAAUGUAAGCACUUCCUGAUUUCUCUGUUGGUACAAUCAUUAAAAGACAUAUAUAUAUAUCAGAUAACAAGAUACCACACAUCUCUCACUCAGAGAGAAAGCUGGCAAGGCAAGAUGAAGCCUUGGGCUGGUUUCCACCUGAUUUUCCUGGUUGCUAGUUCAAAUUAUGGCACUGGAGGUGCCCAGGACACUGAAGCCACUCGCUCUGCACAGCUGAAGGGCUUAAUACAAUGUGGAACGGACAAGAUUGUUCUCCAAUGUCAGGCUGGGAUACCUGGAAUUCCAGGUGUGUCAGGAACAAAUGGAUCACCGGGGCUAAAGGGUGACUUGGGUCCUCAGGGGCCCCCAGGUGAAAGAGGAUCUGCUGGGGUAACUGGAAAAGCUGGACCAAAAGGAGACAAAGGAGGCAGAGGCGACAAAGGUGACAAAGGAGAUGCCUGCAGCUUAGACCAUUGUCAACUGAAAGAGACAGAAGCCAGAAACUGCAAGGACCUCCUGGAACGUGGGGAGACUCUGAGUGGCUGGUACACAAUAUACCCAACCAAGGGGAACCCAAUGCUGGUUUUCUGUGACAUGGGGACAGAUGGAGGAGGCUGGUUGGUCUUCCAGAGGCGGCAGGAUGGAUCUGUGGAUUUCUACCGUGACUGGGAAUCAUACAAGAAAGGAUUUGGGAUGCAAGAAUCAGAAUUCUGGCUGGGCAAUGAUAAGAUCCAUCUUCUCACCAGUUCUGGAACACAGCAGCUGAGGAUUGAUCUGGAAGAUUUCAGUGGUUCCAAAACCUUUGCAAAAUAUUCCAGUUUCAGAAUCACAAAUGAAAGUGAAAACUACAAAUUAACGUUGGGUUCCUAUUUGGAUGGCAACAUGGGUGAUUCUCUCUCAGGACACAAUGACCAUGCAUUCUCUACCAAAGACAGAGACAAUGAUAUCUAUGAUGGAAAUUGUGCUGAAAGUUUCAAAGGAGCCUGGUGGUACACCAAAUGCCACACUUCCAACCUGAACGGCCUAUAUCACAAAGGGGAACAUACCUCUUAUGCUGAUGGCAUCAAUUGGCAUUCUGGGAAGGGACAUUAUUAUUCUUACAAGUAUACGGCUAUGAAAAUUAGACCACAAUAAAUGAAACCCCAAUUUCACAGAUUCAUCAACAUGACCCAAAAUGAUUAUUCUUCUCUAU